AUGGCGGGAGGAAUAUUGCCAUUUCUCUUAGGGCUUCUUCUCCUCGCGCACUGUGCCAGCGCAUCAACACACCGCUCCAAUCCCAAACAGAAUACCGAAAAACAAAAACGCGACAGUCUUCCAACAAACUACACAACACCAGAUUACUAUCCCACACCCAAUGGCGGCUGGGACUCCAACUGGUCUGCGGCCUACGCAAAAGCGCAAAAGGUCGUCAGUAACAUGACACUGGCCGAAAAAGUCAACAUCACUUCCGGCACGGGUUACUUGAUGGGACCAUGUGUCGGCCAAACUGGUAGCGCUUUACGAUUCGGUAUUCCGCGUAUAUGUCUUCAAGAUGGGCCGUUGGGUAUUCGAAAUACGGAUAACAACACAGCAUUUCCUGCCGGCGUAACUGCCGGCGCUACAUGGGACAAAGACCUGAUAUAUGCUCGUGGUGUCGCAAUAGGCGAAGAAGCCCGCGGUAAAGGAAUAAACGUCCAAAUGGGCCCCGUCGUUGGCCCGAUUGGUCGCAAACCCCGAUCUGGUAGGAUUUGGGAAGGAUUUGGCGCUGAUCCCUCGUUGCAAGGGAUUGCUGCUGCGCAGACGAUUCAGGGUAUGCAAAGUACUGGUGUGAUUGCAACUCUGAAACAUUUUAUUUUGAACGAGCAGGAGAUGUACCGGAUGACAAGUGUUGUGCAAGUGGGUUAUUCGUCGGAUAUUGAUGACCGAACGUUGCAUGAGAUUUACCUUUGGCCGUUUGCUGAAGGGGUGAAAGCUGGUGUUGGUUCGAUUAUGGCGGCGUAUAAUCACGUCAAUGGGUCCUUAAGUACCCAGAACAGCCAAAUUCUCAACGGCCUGCUGAAAGACGAGCUUGGCUUCCAGGGCUUUGUCGUAUCUGACUGGUAUGCUCAAUUUGGCGGCGUGUCAUCGGCAUUAGCUGGCUUGGACAUGGCCAUGCCAGGAGACGGAGCAAUUCCACUGCUGGGAGAUAGUUUCUGGAAUUAUGAGCUGUCAACAGCAAUUCUGAACGGCACAGUGCCUCUGGAGAGGUUGAAUGAUAUGGUUACUCGAAUCGUAGCAACAUGGUUUCAACUGGGCCAAGAUGAUGAUUACCCCGAGCCAAACUUCUCAACGAACACUGAAGACGCCACAGGGCCCCUGUACCCCGGCGCUCUGUUUUCUCCAUCCGGCGUGGUCAAUCAAUUCGUCAACGUCCAAGGAAACCACAGCAUCAUCGCCCGAGAAGUCGCUCGAGACGCUAUCACUUUGUUGAAGAACGUAAACCAAACCCUGCCUCUAAGUAAGAACGCCUCCUUGAGUGUUUUCGGUACAGACGCAGGUCCCAACUCGGGUGGCUUGAACUCAUGCUCCGACAUGGGCUGCGAUAAUGGUAUUUUAACAAUGGGUUGGGGAAGUGGAACUGCUCGACUACCAUAUGUUAUUACACCGCAACAAGCAAUUUUGAACAAUUCAGCAAAUACGCAGUUCUAUGUUUCUGACAGUUUCCCAUCAGUCACUGCGGCAGCAGAUGAUAUUGCCAUUGUUUUCAUCAACGCGGAUUCCGGGGAGAAUUACAUUACUGUUGAAAGUAAUCCUGGUGACAGGACUACUGCUGGGCUUAAUGCCUGGCAUGGUGGUGAUGAUUUAGUGGUUAAGGCAGCUGCCAAAUAUAGCACGGUCAUUGUUGUUAUCCACACAGUAGGACCAAUCCUCAUGGAAGAAUGGAUUGAUCUGCCGUCCGUAAAAGCAGUCCUCGUCGCGCAUCUUCCCGGACAAGAAGCUGGAGACUCUCUGACAGACGUGCUAUUCGGCGACUACAGUCCUAGUGGUCAUCUGCCGUAUACUAUCCCACACAACGAGUUCGAGUAUCCAGCUAGUGUCGGCCUAAUUGAUCAGUUGCUUGGCCAGAUUCAAGAUCAAUUCACAGAACGCAUCUAUAUCGAUUAUCGCCACUUCCUUCAAGCCAAUAUUACUCCAAGAUUUCCAUUCGGAUAUGGUCUAUCAUAUACCACGUUCAAUUUCUCCGAUGCGACGCUGACAACAGGUACAUCGCUGACAGAGUACCCUCCUGCUAGACCAGCGAAGAGCCCCACGCCAACGUAUGCGACAACCAUCCCACCAGCAUCGGAAGUCGCGUGGCCAACUGGUUUCAAUUCUAUUUGGCGGUACUUGUAUCCAUAUCUCGAUGAUCCAGCGGCAGCUACCUCGACAGCUCCAUAUCCCUAUCCGACAGGUUACAAGACUACACCGCAACCGGCACCGCGUGCCGGGGGAGCACAGGGAGGUAACCCUGCUCUUUGGGAUACAGUCUUCACAGUCGAUUUAAAAGUUACUAAUACCGGAACGACAUCUGGUCGGGCUGUUGCGCAGUUGUAUGUCGAGUUGCCGGGAGAUACUCUAGGUGUAGAUCUUCCUCCGAGACAGUUGCGACAGUUUGAGAAGACGUCAAUUCUGGCUCCUGGUGAUUCAGAGACGCUAUCAUUGCCAGUGACCAGGAAGGAUUUGAGUGUGUGGGAUGUCGUUGUGCAGGAUUGGAAAGCGCCGGUUAAUGGAGAGGACGUCAAGUUCUGGAUUGGGGAGAGCGUGGCUUUGGAGGAUAUGCAGAUAGUUUGUACAGUUGGUCAGGGGUGCGAGAGUGCCUAA